UCAGUGGCGUAAUGAAGCAACGUAGAUUACGUAAUUACGUCUUUGCGUAAUGUGCAGCUGAAUUUGUGGACGACGAAAAAAUGCUUCCUAGCGUGUUUUGGAAAUUAGUCGUAACGUUUCACGAGCCGCAAUGACAAAAGUAAUCCCCAAGAAGACGUCGAACGCAGCAUCGGACUCCACCCACCAACGGUUACACUCACCGCAAAGCACCGCGCUUCACUUGCAGAAAUCGGGACGUGGGUGGAGUCAUGGCAGCCUCCAUCGUCAGAGGUCAGGAGAACGCUUUCUCGCGCAUGGUAAACUGAGCUUUAAAGAAAUUGUCCAAAAGCUGUUGGGACUGGAAAGUCCGCCCACAGAAGUAUCAACGACCACUCAGGCGGCAGCAGGGGACAGUAGCAGCCAAUCACGGCCGUCAACGAAAGCUCCUCGUCCUCCGAGUUCUUCAGUUAAUUUAUUAUACAGAUGGCGCCCAAAGCGCGCCUCAGACAAUUAUCAACGGCCCGUCUUGGACGUGGACCGUCUUCCUCCACAGAGGAGUGAUUACAAAAGCAAAAGUUUCGGUUCACCAGGUAAACGCGUGUCCGUGGAAGCCUAUGACUCCCUGACUGAGACGAGAGGACGCCUGCACGAUGGGAGGUUGAGUUCCUCCUUGCCAGGAUACAAAACAGUCUUGACAGCUGAUAUUAUGCACGAGUCCACUUCGGCUACAAAUGAAGCGUCUUCUUCACUGGAGACAUCGCCUGAUGCCCAUCGAAUUUUCAACAGGAAGUUCAAUAGGAGCAAAUCAAAUGAGGAGCCAGGGGAGAAAGAGAGAAAUAUUUGGAUGGCCUUCAGACAGCAGAAGAAGAAAACGAGCCGAGUGUCUCGCAGCAGGAAACACACUCGAUCGGAACCCAUUGUUUUGUCCAGCGAGGACGAUGAGCCCGACGAAGGUGACGAGAGAAAACGGAUUGAACAAACUCCUCUUUGGAAUCAAAUACCUCAUCAGACACCAAGAGGAGACCCCAAGCUGCCGUCCUUCCUGGAGUUGGAGUUUUUGUCUCUCCACGUCGGGAUGAUUCACACUCGCGCCAACGGGAAGAUGAUGAUUACAUCAAGCGGCAUCGUUCUGCCGCUUAAAGGAGAAGAUAAAGGCGAGGUCACCGUGGUCGCAUCGCAAGUGCGAGGCUACGGCUUAUGGGACGGCGGUGUCGCUUUGGAUGGGACUCUGCUGGCUGAUCCGGCGGGGGCCGCUCCAUCGUUGCUUUUCCUCUGGGUGAGCGACGCUCAGGCCAACGUACUGCACAGGGAGAUGACCUUUAUGCAGAAAAGCAGUGGCUCAGGGCCGCCGUGCUCCAUCCUUCUAUUGGUGAUGACGGAGCAGCUUCCCGAAGCCCAGGCCGCACUGCUGGCAUCCAUGUUUGAGAUGACGGAAUUCAAGGACGGCCGCUCUUCCUCGGCGGGGGGGCCGAGCUCCCCCCUGAGCUGGACCGACGGCCUGCUACUCAUCCACAGCUGUCCCGCCCCGCUGGAUGAGCACCUCCUUCGUCUGCUGGGUCAGUCAUCGGAGAUAGCCGAUCCGCUGAGACGAAGCUGCAGGAAUCGGGCAUCUGCUGUGCAGCUGGCGAGCAGGUUGAUUCAGUACCCGGCGGCGCCCUCUAAAGGCCGGAUCACAGUGACGAAGGAGGACUUGGCUUGUCUGGAAAGUGGGCAGUUCCUGAACGAUGUCAUCAUCGACUUUUACCUCAAAUUCCUCCUGGUGGAGGGCGGGGGCCGCGCCGUGGCUGAGCGCAGUCACAUCUUCAGCAGCUUCUUUUUCAAACACCUGAGCCGACGGCGAAGCUACACCGAGGGCGCCGCUCUCGUCCCAGAUCAGUACGUGCGGCACCAGAGGGUGAAGACGUGGACUCGCCAUGUUGACAUAUUCACUAAAGAUUUUCUCUUUGUGCCGAUCAAUGAGGAAGCUCACUGGUACUUGGCCGUCAUUUGUUUCCCGGGUCAGGAUGGCAACCAUUAUGAGCAGCGUACAAGUGGAUCCAAGCUCCUCAGUAUGAGAUCAGAGCAGCCGCCGGCAUGCACGGAGCAAGGCUGCACGAGGGACGUCACGUUGACGAAGCCGUGCAUCCUCGUCAUGGACUCUCUGAAAGUGCAGCAGCAUGAACAUGCUUGCAAGCUUCUACGAGACUACCUGCAGGUGGAGUGGGAAGAACGUAAGGGACGACAUCGCGUCUUCUCCUCGGACGGCAUGCACAGCUACAGCUGCAGCGUCCCGCAGCAGGACAACAGCAGUGACUGCGGGUUGUACCUGCUGCAGUACGUCGAGAGCUUCUUCCAGAACCCCGUGGUCCACUUUGACCCCCCUCUACAUUUGGCCCGCUGGUUUCCACGACAACAGGUGCGACAGAAACGCGAGGAGAUCCGGCGCUUGGUUAUGAGGCUUCACAAGAGUCAGUCGCAGUGCGUUUGGUCUUGGUACGUUGGAUGGGGUGAAAGGUCAGGUACGAGAGCGAGCCUGGAGACGAUCAGUCAGCUUACAGCUCAUUAGCAGGAUCACACAGCAGUAGGUCGACUUCUGUUUGUUUGUUAGGUUUUUUUUGGGGGGGGGGGUCUUUCAACGAGAACAUUUUCAGUUCAACUUUUCAUUUUGCUGCGCUGCGACGCAAUCUUUCAAAACACAUCUCGGUACUUCAGUGAGUUUU